CAUAAAUGGCAAGUUUAUGCGUAUUGCUUAUUUCCUGUUUCCAGUUGCAGGCAGCCAGUCUCUAGAGAUCCGGGCUCACUACGACAAACACAACCGGACACGUAGCAAUUAAAAUGGGAACCUUUGCUAAAGUGCUGCUGGCGAGUAUAUGCGCAGUUUUCCUUGCUGUGAAGUGGAAUGCGCCCACCUUGGAUACAGAAUCUCUCCGAGGGGCCCGGGUGUUGGUGACUGGGGCCAGUACAGGCAUCGGUGAACAAAUAGCGUAUCAUUACGCCCGCUUCGGAGCCCGAGUUGUUAUUACAGCAAGAAGGGAGAAAGUCCUACAGCAGGUGGUAGAGAACUGCACAAGAUUGGGAGCCCAAGAAGCGAUUUACAUAGCUGCCGACAUGAGCAGCGGGCAAGAUCCUGAAAAAGUGGUGGAGUUUGCUCUGGAAAAGCUUGGAGGGUUGGAUUAUCUGGUUCUCAACCACAUCGGCGCGACCCACUUCAGAAUGUGGGAUGGAGAUGUGGAGUACUUUGAGUGGCUGAUGAAGGUCAAUUUAUUCAGCUAUGUUCAGAUGGCCUCGAAAGCUAUGGACGCGCUUGAGCAAAGUAAAGGAUCACUGGUGAUCAUUUCAUCACUUUUGGGCAAAGUGGCAAGUCCCUUUAUGGCACCAUAUUCAUCAUCAAAAGCAGCCUUGAAUGGUUUCUUUAGGGCCCUCCACCAUGAGCUGUCAUUGAAGAAGAGCAACGUGUCCGUCACUAUAUGCACUCUUGGGUUCAUUGAUACUGAUGCCGCCAUGGACAAAGUCGGGAAACUCACUAAUGUGCCAGCGGCCUCUGCCACAGAUGCAGCCUUGAACAUUGUCACUGCAGGAGCUCUGAGAGAAGAAGAGCUCUUUUACCCUUGGAACACCUACCUUGUGACUCUCACCAAAGACUGGUACCCUCCUAUCACAAGCUAUAUCAUGCAGAACAUAUUCAAGUACGAACCAUGACAAAAAUAUUAUCCUCAAUAUUUUUGUAGAACAGUGAAUUAGGGUCAUUUUAGAUUUUUAAAAAUGACAAAAUAUGAGCUGGGAUAUUCUUUAUUCCCACCAUUGCCUUGUUGAUUUUACUUUAUUUUAAAAUAAUAUCUGUUUAUGUUAGUUUUACAAAUUCCCUAUUAUAAUCUCAGUGAAUAUAAACACUGCUGAAAAAAAACCUUAAUCCUCACAGUACAACACCUAGUCAACUAAACUUCAGGGAUAUCAGUCUGUCCAUUUGGAAACCACAAGUCAUUGUGAAUCAGUUUCCCUGCUCUGGUGCAAAUGGAAGUGACAACAGGUGCAAUGGAGAAGCAAAAGCAAAACAACCCCCAAAACAGAAUGGUUUUACAUGUUGUGGCCACAGACACUUGUUUUCUCCUUCUCCUUCCUGAAUGAUUCUUCUCUAAUUUUGUGUUCUGCUGGUGUCCUUGUCAAUGCUGGUAGCAUGAGGCGGUAUCUGCAGCCCGUUCAGGUUGCACAGGUAGUCCUGCUCCUCCAGGACGCUUGCCUAUACGUGCGGUCGCAAGGUUAGCUGUGUCUCCCAGCACUGUCUCAAAAGCAUGAAAGAGACACCAGGGGACCCCCUGUUACAAGAGGAGAACAGGACAGGGCCGUAGAAUGGCAUCAACCCAGCAGCAGGACUGGUAUCUGCUCCUUUGUGCGAGGAGGAACUGGAGGGGCACUGCCAGAGCUGUGCAAAAUGACCUCCAGAUGACCAAACCGUCAGAAACAGACUCCAUGAGGUAGCAUGAGGGCCCGGCAGCCUCUAGUGAGAGCAGGUUCACGCUGAGCACAAGCGACACGUGUGAAAGAGUCUGGAGGCGCUGUGGUGAACGUUAUGCUGCCUCACAUCAUCCAGCAUGGCCGGUUGGGCGUUGGUUCAGUGAUGGUCUGGUGAGGCAUAUCCUUGGAGGGUCGCAUAGACCUCCAUGUUAUAGGCAACCUAAAUCCAAUUGAGCACACACCAAGUACCGCCACACACUGUCCAGGUGCUCACUGAUGUCCCCAGGAUACCAUCCGUAGACUCAUCAGGAGUAUGCCCAGCUUUUGUCAGGAGUACAUACAGGCACGUGGAGGCCAUACACACUACUUAGUCACCGUAUGAGUUACUGUGAUGAAAUUCCCGCAAGUUGGAUCAGCCUGUAUUAUCCAUUUUGUACUUACAUUUUCUAUACAGUCUUGAGUCCAGCUCUCAGUGGCUUUAUGAUUUUGGUUUCCAUUGACCACUGUUACGUCAUUUUGUCCUCAAUGUACAUCAGUAAAGAUGUUGAACUUGAAUAAUUCACUAAUCAAAAUCUGAUGUGUGAUUUAAGUGUUCCCUUCAUUUUUUUGAGCAGUGUAGAUGUUCUGUAAAUUUGUGAGCUUCCUUAAUGUUUCACAAUAUUACUCCCCCCUCAUCUCUUUUUAUACUCAUAAUGGCCCUAAUGUACUGAUGCUUAUGUCAUAUUUAUAAUAUAAAAAAAUGUUGUAACUAUUUCACACACUUAAAAGUAAUAAGUAUGCCUUCAUUACCAUAAGUGUUGUGGAAGAGAAUGUGUAGUACUUUAUAUGUCCACAUGAGGGCAGUAGUACUAAAGUCAUGAACACAGAUUACCUCCUGAAGUCCAUUCCCUGUUGAGUGAAAAAAAAAUCUAAAAGGAAGAGCAUCAUGCAUAUUUAUUUG